AUGCACGCGCCUGGAAAUGGACCGGUAUUUGCCGCUUAUUAUUCCAUCCUUGCAGCUUUCGGCAUUCCAGCCAACUUGGUGACGAUUGUGAUUCUCUCCCAAGGAAGAUGCGGCCUGUCGAAAUGUAUCACUCUUUAUCUGUUGCUCAUGGCAGUGGCGGAUCUGCUCAUCAUUAUCACCGCCGUGAUAUUAAGCCGCCUUCGGGCUAUUUAUUUCCCUGUUAGUUUCCUGUCCAUCACUCCCGCCUGCAGUCUCAUUAUUAUCUUCAGCUGGGCUUCCAAAGACACAUCUGUCUGGCUGACAGUCGCAUUCACCUUUGAUCGGUUCAUCGCCAUCCGUUCCCAGAAACUGAAGCGGAGAUACUGCACCGACAAAAUCGCGGCGGUCAUCACAGGAAUAAUUUGCGUGCUGGGCACUUUGAAAAACGUUCCCUCUUACUUCUUGCUCGAACCUCUGUAUGUAGUUGAUAACGUGCCCUGGUAUUGCAACAUAAAGGAUGCAUUUUACACUUCAGCACUGUGGAGAGUUUAUGAGUGGCAACGACGUCUUUUAAACCCUUGCCUCCCUUUUCUCCUCAUUUUGUUGCUCAACGUUCUGACGGUCAGACACAUUCUGGAAGCCAGCAGAGCCCGCAGGAGGCUCCGGGCCCAGAGCAAUAGGGACAAUCGGAGGGAUCCAGAGAUGGAGAGCAGGAGAAAGUCCAUCAUUUUACUCAUGACGAUCUCGGGCAGUUUUAUCCUGUUGCGUUUUACCUAUCUCGUAAAUUUUAUCUUUGUACAAGUUACAAACAAUAACUAUGCUGGCAGUUACGAUUCCACCGACCCGAAGUUCAUCCUCCAAGAAAGUGGAUACAUGCUGGAGCUUCUCAGUUCCUGCACCAACUCGUGUAUUUAUACAGGGACUCAGACGAACUUCAGAGGGCAGUUAAAGAAUGCGGUUAAAUACCCCUUCGGUUUAUUUCGAAGGAUGUUAAAAUUCUCGCUCAUAUUCCAACGGCAAUAG